GGGCACAAAGCCCACUCAUCGGUGCACUAAAAACUGCACUAGGGAGCCAAGUCAAGUGAGGAUGCCCACUUCUUUUUACUCCGACUCCUCCAACACUUCCCCCUCCCCUCGCUUCAUGGGCCAAAGAUUGUCCCACAUCCUUACCUUCUUGAUCCCCCAUUCCAUGCCAAUAACUGUUUCAACUCUGCCUUCCGGUUCAACUCCACCUGGCAAUUGAACGAAUAAACGACCAGAGACUGGGGCUACCCGACCCCGAACUGGACCAGGCUCCACGACCCCCAUUCGAGCUUUCAUUGGAACCCUGUUUCCCUUCCCCAGAGUUCAAAGGAGGAGGAAAAAGAACAAAAGUUGUCCUGGUCGAACCUCGAGCUUGACCGAAACUUACCUCCUUCAUCUCAUCUGCUCGGCCUUCCAUGUCGCAAUAAGAACCACCCGCCCUGCCCCGUGCUCCCGUCGUUUCGCCUCACUCGUUUAAAUUUGGAUCGACCGUCUCAUUUCGACGCCCGUCGUGACAACGCGAUUUUUUAUUUUCUAGCACAACGCCCAAGCACUCUGUAUAGCUCGCAAUUCCGCAUCUGGUUUCGCAGUAACACCCCCAAAAAUGGCCUCUCCCGUGGCUGCCGAGCAUCCCCCCAUCCCCUCUCCUCCGCCAGCAUAUCUCCGAUCAACGCCUCCAUUCCCCCUCCCCUCCCACGAGUCAACUCCCCGCACGAUUCCCCAGCACCCCGGGCUGGUGAAAGUUGCACGGAAACCUCUCUCGGUGGUGACCCCGGACGCCGGGACUGUACCAGUGAUUCAAGCGUCCCCGCGCUCUCCGGUCAGAAUCGACCAUGGUACCAAUAUUCCCCCAGCAUCUACCGCCCAGAUCGAGCACUUCUCGAACGUGCCCGUACCGCCGCAACUGCAGAUUCCUGAAUUUGCAAACCUAUCUGUUGAAGACCAUUCGCAACCACGACAGACUUGGGACCCCGCAUUCCCGCCAAGGCGAGACUCUAUACAAGCUCCGCAGCAUCCGUCGCAGCAUCCGUAUGGCCAUACUCCGACCAGCAGUGGAUCAUGGUCGGUGGUUGAUAGUCAGGUGAAGGAAAAUGGCCACGAUCCGAAGAAGAACGGUUCCUUGCACGGGCGAGAGGGUCCAAGCCAGAAUAAUUCCUCGCGUGGCAGCUUGGAAAGUGAUGCACAGAAUUCUGAUCCCUACGAGCCUCUGCCCUACUUCCACCAGCAGCAGCAUCAGAAUACCCCCAAUGUGCGACACUCCACAUUGGGCAUCAACUCGGCAGGCAAUCCCUCCGGCUCGACGGGUAAUUUGGCUGUAAGGCGAUCUCGGAAUCCGAGGCCUGUGUCAAAUUACUCUUCCACGUCGGACGUGGCGGGUGGGAACCACCGUCGCAAUCUUUCUGCAUCGCCAUACAUGCAGGGCCGCUCCUCGUCACGCAAUUCCACCGCAUCCCCUGACAAUCGUUCGCUCUCGGUCUUGGAUCUACUCAACUCAUCGUAUCCUCAACCAGGUCCUACAGCCCCGCAAUUCGACAACUCUCACCUGCGGUCCUCCGUCGGAAAUAAUGCCUCUCUUCUCAGCCACAAGCAAACGUUCGAGAUGUACCUCGCAAAUGUCAAGAAAACCGACGAGCCGCCCGUGCAGUAUGAAUUCGCCGUGUUUAUGAUCAAUUCCAUGCGUGAGAUGCCCGCCGUCGACCUCGAAGAUUCCACCUCCAUCACACGCCAACGACUUUUGCGCGAGUCGAAAUCCAUUCUCCAGCGUCUUGCAGACCGCAGCUACCCCUUCGCACAGUACUAUCUCGCCGACGGCUACGCCUCAGGACUCUUCAAUAAGGGCAAAGAAGAUCACGACCGCGCAUUUCCCAAUUUCCUUGCUGCCAGUAAGCACGGACACGUCGAGGCGUGCUACCGCACUGCACUCUGCUACGAAUUUGGUUGGGGUGUUCGCGUGGAUGGAGGUCGUGCUGUCCAGUUCUACAGACAAGCCGCGUCGAAGAACCACCCCGGCGCCAUGCUCCGCAUGGCCAAAGCCUGCCUGGCGGGUGAUAUGGGAUUAGGCAAGCGUUACCGUGACGGCAUCACCUGGAUGAAGCGCGCGGCAGAGUCCUCGGAUUCACAGUACAAUUCUGCGCCAUACGAGCUAGGAGUCAUGCACGAGACUGGCUACGGCGAUGACGUCUUCAAGGAUGAGUCCUAUGCUGCGCAGUUGUUCACGAAAUCCGCAGAGUUGGGCCACGUCGAGGCUGCGUACCGUCUCGGCGAUGCAUAUGAGCAUGGUAAACUCAAUUGCCCGCGUGACCCCGCGCUCAGCAUUCACUUUUACACAGCGGCUGCGCAGAGCGGACAACAUGCGCUCGCUAUGAUGGCGCUGUGUGCGUGGUAUCUUGUGGGUGCGGAGCCCGUCCUUGAGAAAGAUGAGAAUGAGGCGUACGAGUGGGCUACACGCGCCGCUGCUCUUGGCUUGGUCAAGGCGCAAUACGCUGUUGGUUACUUCACUGAGAUGGGCAUUGGCUGCCGUCGUGAUCCGCUCGAGGCGAACGUCUGGUACGUCAAGGCCGCUGAUCAGGGCGACGAGCGCGCAAAGCAUCGUAUCGCUGCCAUCCGGGCUGCAGCCGACGGGGCCAAUCCAGCGCUUGCAGCUCGUUCUGGAGGGAGGUUCCGCAAGGGCGAUGCACAUAGUCAAGCGGAUAAAGCGAAACAAAAGCGCUUCGUCAUCUUCUAAAUCUGCGACCUUCGUCUGCAUUGUGUCAUGUCUCAUUCAAUUAUACACCGCCUUGUCAUGCCUUGACCCUUCUCAUCCCAUCUACCAUGAUUCCCCACCGCAUCCAACUCAUUUUCCCAUAUGUCCACCUUGCAUCGACAUUCAAAUUCUUUUGCAGUCUCGCCUCAAUCUGAUUGCCAUCCUUGUGGCUCAUACAUAAUUUGAUCUGCAUCAUCUUUUCUAAUGUCCCUGUCAAAUUGAUUCUUUCUUGGACCUCACGAUUUCUGGAUCGUGGUUUGUUUUUGUACAGCGCCCUUCUCUCCUUUUCAGUUCUUGCAUUUGAUGCGCACUCAUUUUCAUCAUUAUCUUCAUUUUCAUUCUUCACUUUCAUCUGCCCCAUUGGGCUACCUCCAUGGUUUCGAGUUCCGUUUGACCUUUCUGUCUCCCCCAUCUUCCUUUCCCUUCUAUGCGCGGGGCGUUUCCAUGCUGGAGUCUUUCCACAUUUUCGUUUCGUUUUCUCUCAUACGAAUUGAAUAUCAUGAGAUCAGCGAUCUCUUUUUCUUUGCAUACGAGGUUCCCUACCGAUAAGAAUUAUUGCUGUUGUAGAACUUCUUUC